GGGCGCUCGGGCUGCGCGGCUCGAGCGGAGGGGAGGGCACCCGGCGGCGGAGCGCAAAGCGGCCGCGGGCCCGGCGACCGCCCCUGCGGGGUCGGGUCCGAGCUCGGAGCGACCUCGUGAGAGGCCGCCCCUCGCCCAGUCCUUCUCCCUCGGAGCGGGCCGAAGCGCCGCGGCGCCGCAGGCCGAUGCCGCGGGCACCCUUGGGUCCCCUCCUCGCCGCCGCCUCCGCGCGUCGCCGGCGGCCGCCCGCCAGGAGAACGAGGGACCGCUUCCGGCUGUGGGCCCGGCAUGGCUCGACCCUCAGAGCCAAUCCUUGUCCCGAAGUUAUGGAUCUAACUUGCCGACUUCCCUUACCUACAUUGAUCUAUCGACCAGAGGCUGAACACCUUGGAGACCUGCUGCGGAGUAAGGUACGGACUGCCCCCCCGCGACGCGGGCGUGCUGGGUUGGCAUCUCAAGAAAACUCCCGAGGGCCCGUUCUCUGCUAGAAGACCUG